AACCCUCACGUAGGUUUAGUUUUUGGUCGCUCUCGGUAUGUGCAGCACACGUAAACACACGGCUGCCCGUUCGAAUUUUGUGUAUUGUGUGUGCCGUUCGUUCGUUCGUGAUUUCCCAUUCAAAGUGAGUCAAUCGUUACCGCUUUUCGAGUGAUUGAUAAUCGAUUGUGAUAAAAUCGGUUGGUGAACGAGCGUGGUUUGAAUUGGGUCAGUGAAGAUCACGACGAUAGGAGCUCACUCGGUUGGUGUGCUGUGAGUGAGUGACGUGAUAUCGCCUGAAACGAUCAGUCACAGUGCGAUAACAAUCGCGAACGGAAAUGUCAAACUUUUAUCGCAACAGUGCGAUUUUCCCGUGAAGGUGUUUUUCCUCGGUUCUGUUUUGAACUGACGGUUCGCUCUCCCGCUCCAGAACGAACGUCGUCUGCGUCGAGUGAGUGUGAGUGAAUGUGAGUGUCACAGUGUUGGUAAAUGCAUUCAUUGGCGAGUGAGUGCAGAAGGGGGUGUGAGAUGCACAGUGGAAAAAAGUGCUGCAAUUUCGGUCGCGCACACGUGUCUUCGUGCUGCAACCGUUGUCGGUAACCUGUCAAACAAAAGUUCCCAUUGUGCUGUCCCUUUGUUUGUCCGAUUUCGCCCGCGCUCGCUGUGUGUAAUUUUAUUCAUGUUUGUAAUAAAUAUUAAAGUUGAAAUAUUUUUGUGGCGAUAAAAGCGAAAAGAUUGUGAACAAAGUUGUUACUCGACAGAAAGCGAUAAAAAGUCCCGAUAGACCGACCGAGCGAGAGCGCAUUUGCCGAGGCCUGGCGGGAGGAAACAAGCGCAAAAACAAAAUCAGCAUUUCCAUCGUAAUCAAACCGUUUUGAUCUUCAGUCAGUCAGAGUUCGGUUUGUCUUGGCAUUUGGUGUCCGCGAGUCUGCACCGAAAAAAAAAGAGUGUCGAAAGCGCAAUCCACACACCGAACUGCCGGAAUAAACGAGAGUGCUCCCGCGUGAAGCAUUCAAUAAAUAAAAUACACAUUUUAUGCGAUUUUUGCCAUAUCUCCACACAAAUGACUCAUAAACGAAAACGCACAACGGAAACCGGGCGACACUAGCGAGUGGCAAUCGCGUCGAAGCAAGCUGUGAUCGGCGAGCCACCGCAACGCGGCGGUCGGUAAUCAUAAAAACAUAAACGUCAAAAUAACGUUCGGCGUCCCGCAUUCGCGGAGGACUGGAACCGACAGAUUUCACCGGUAGUCGAUUCCUCGCGGCCCGUUAUCGAACGUCACCGCAGCCAGACUCGCGCGAUUGAUGAAAUAAUAACACGAACAACGCACAAAUAAAUAGUUGUGCGCGACGGAGUGGUUAGGAGGUGGCCGGCGCAUGCGGUUGCCAUCUCUGCUUGUUGUCAUCGCAACACCGCGCACCGGUCGCACUGACACCAGAACCAAUUGUCAGAACGAGUGCUUAAUCCGCAGUACAAUCAAAGCGGGAAAUAUUUAUUUUUCGCGAAACGAAAAAACCGUUCGAACAAAAACAUCGCUAUUUGGACCUGAUACUUCGGUGGCUCUAGGUUAGGGCUUGGCCACGAGCAGCAGCAGCAGCAGCAGUUAUGACCGUCGAGCAGAGCCUGGAAGCGGCAAACGUAAUGGGAGACGAUGAGGAAGCUGCUGAUGAGCAGCAGUCAUUACCACAGGAGCAACAAGGAAAUUCGUCAUCAAGCAGCAGCAGUACCAGUAGCGAAGUAGGCGGCGAAACAGAAAUGAUCAACUCACGGCCUGCUUCGAUUCAAAACGAAACGGAAGAGGAACCAGCAAACGAAGCGAAUCCUCCAGAAGAAGCGACACCCUCUCCAGCUCCUUCAACAGCCACACGCAGCAGUAGAACACCGUCUGUGGCAUCGCCUCCCCCUCCCCCUCCAACUACAACCAUGAGCGAAACAGACUCUGACCGAGGGGUCUCCUCUCCGGAGAAGGUUGAAAUCAAAGUAGAACCUGACUUCAUUGUAGAUGAGAAUCAAAGAUCUCCAGAGGAAGAUCAUAACGAAGUGAGUAAAUCUCCGGACCUGAGCACUGCUCAGCUUCCCAUGCUUAGACUGAAUGCCGCCUUGGCCGCCGACCCAGCGACUAAUCCGGACGCAAAAGAUCUUAAGAAUAUCACAGCCGCCAACGAUAGUCAGUUCGAGAAGAACAAUGACUCUGAUUACCAAACGGGUGGCGGUCCACCUGGGCAGGCAAUCAUCCGCAAACCUAUUAAACCCGAGAACAUAACCAUUCCUAUCACUGUGGACCUUCCGCCUCGGAUACCAAUGUACAUGUGCAGUCCAUGUGGCAUACGAUUUUCGUCGGCUUCUACCCUAGAAGCUCACCAAACCUACUACUGCUCGCAUCGCAAAGACGCCGAUGAGAACAACGGAGGCGUAAAAAACGCCCAUUCGAAUGACCCCAACAGUUCCGAGCCGCCGGCCAAGGCGGCCAAAACCGGCAAGCAAUACGCUUGUACCCAGUGUUCGUACAGCGCGGACAAGAAGGUCUCUCUAAACCGUCACAUGCGUAUGCAUCAAUCGUCGCCAGCACCGAGUUCAAACGCGUCCAACGGAGACGACACCACCGCUAGUCAACAGCUUCAGCUGCAGUUUCAAGUUCAAGCUGCGGCUGCAGCAGCCGCCGCCGCCGCUGCCCUUCAACAGCAGCAACAACAACACCAACAACAGCAGCAGCAACAACCGCCGCCUCAGGUAGACCGGUACUGUUCCGAUUGUGAUAUCCGGUUCUCCAGUACCAAGACCUAUCGGGCGCACAAGCAGCACUACUGCAGUUCACGGCAUCGGGAAGGCCAAUCGAACAACAGUACACCGAAGCCGCAGCACAAAUCUGGUUCACAGAGUCCUCCAGAUGUUCCGAAAACGCCUCCGGUAGCGCCACAGCAACCGUUCCUAGCAUUGCCAACCAACCCAAUAAUUGUGAUUCCAUACUCGUUAAUCCGCGGAGCCAGCGUCAUCCCGGCACUAUUAUCAACCCUCGCACCGGGAAUCUCCAAUCCGGAAUCGGCCUGCUUCAUCUUCCAGAACGGAGCCCUGCAGCCAAUAGCGGUUUCUGCGGCGGCAGCCGCUGCAGCAGCAGCCAACGCAGCCGCCGCUGCCGCUGUAAAUGUACAACAGGCAUCGCAGCAUCAGCCGCCACCACCCCUAGGUAACAUCGGCGGUUCCGGAUCUCAGUCACGAGUCCAAACGCCGAACGUUGGCAGCGAAAGCAGUUCCAACAGUAACAGCACCGGAGAGGUGCUCAAGGCGGUCAACAAGCGGGACAAUGUUAAAGAAUCUUCGACCCCUCUGGAUCUAUCGGUGCGAGGUGGUAAUAUCCGCGAGCGAUCGUUAUCGCUUUCUUCAGCCAUAUCAGUCGAACAGCUUCGCAUGGACUUUGACAGUCUGAUGGAGGGCAAAGAGAAUCUCUCGGUCAGUGGUGACUCCAUCACGCCAGAGCAGAUCGUUUGUGCGCCAUCGCUUCCUGGAAGUCCUCCGCUAACGCCAUCGCCGAAACGACGGUCCAACAGCCCCCGCGGAGGAGGUGGAAGUGGUGGUGGCUCCGCAAGCGGAGCCGGUUCUCGAAGCGACCGUGACGGCUCCGUAUCCAUAUCUCCACUUACGCUACAGCAGCAGCAGCAGCUGUUGAUGCGUCCUCUACUUCCAGCGGACAUUGCUCUGCGCCUCUCGGCGGCUGAUCCCGCCCUUAAUCUCAAUCUCAAUAUCCUUCCGAACUCGCCUCUGCUAACCCAGAAAGGAGUCGAGCUUGCCCUGCGGCUCUCGUCGAGCUCCAACAGCAAUUGUGUAGAUCCUACUUCGAAGAACCUCUCGCAACCACAGAUGUCUCCUCUGUUGAACAGCAUUUCACCGAACAACGCCGUUCAGGUUCCGGUCCUCCCGAGCACUCCUCAGAUAUUCGUCAAACAGGGUGACUCCAAGUGCAAAGAGUGCAAUAUAGUCUUCUGCAAGUACGAGAACUACUUAGCCCAUAAGAAGCACUACUGCUCCGCUCGGAACCUGGAUCAGGACGGAGACAACCAAAAAACUAGUCCUCCAAUAUCUCCGCAAGCGGCAAGUCCUUCCACGCCCAGUGGCGCCGCUUCGGGGAUUGGCGGUGGAGCGCGAACCUCCGGCAGUGGUCAACCGGUUGCCUACCAGCAGCUAAUAUGUGCGGCUUGUGGCAUCAAAUUCACAUCCCUGGACAAUUUGAGUGCCCAUCAGAUGUACUACUGUCCGAAGCGGGUCGAUGUGCAAAUACCGACGGCCAUUGUACCGCAAAAGGAACGCUGUUCCAAGUGCAAGAGUAUGCAUGAACCUGGACAGCCCUGCACGGUGGCCGGUCAGGGAGCUUACAAAUGCCCCAUCUGCGAGACGAUUAGCCCUAACUCGACUGAAGCGCGACGCCACAUGGAUACUCACGGCGGCGUGAAGGCAUUCCGUUGCACAAUCUGCCGCUACAAGGGCAACACGCUGCGCGGUAUGCGAACGCACAUUCGGAUGCAUUUUGAUAAGAAGACGAACGAUUUCAAUGAGGAAAAUUACAUUACGUGUAUCCUGGAGGAGGACGGUAUUGAGAUACCGCCGGCAGCGGCUGUAGCAUCCGCAGCAGCGGCAGCAGCCGCCGUUGCCGCUGCAGCUGCCACAACAGCCCAACUGAUGAAUCAAGCCGUUGCAGCGGCACAAGCGGCUAGUCAACAGCAGCUGCCGCCCUCACGGCACUUGGAGAACAAUAGUAACAGUCCGUCUGGGCAGCUUCACUAUUGUGAACUCUGUCCUUACUAUUCCACCUACAAACUGAACGUGGCAAAACAUAUCAAACUGAUCCAUGGUCGAGAGCGACCGUCUAGCAAUUCGCCGUUGAUCGGCGAAGGAGGUGAAUCUUUAAUCUUCAACGGAGACAGCGGUAAUUCGACUCCACGUCCUCCAGUCAGCAGCACUCCGGGACCCAACGUCAACAGUCUCAUCAAAACCGAACCCGAGGACGACCGCCCGGAAGAAACGGACGUCGACGUCGAUGUAGUGCUCGAAGAACCCGAAGUGACCAUCAAAACCGAAAUCCAGGACCAGCCGGCGAACCAGCUGAUGGGUUCCCCUCCUCCACCUCCCCUUGUUCCAAGUCAGCCCCCGCAUAGUCUGAAACUGAAAUCCCUCCAUCCGAUUGGAGCCGCCGGCAGCCUGAAGACAUCCCCAAAUCAUCAAACCAAGACUCCCUCACCGCCUGGCUAUAUCGGAGAGAUCAACCAUAGCGGGCCGAACUAUUGCGACGCGUGUGACAUAACCUUCAACUAUGUCAACACCUUCAUAGCCCAUAAAAAGUUCUACUGCAAGAACAGCCAGCAGGACACCGGAUCCGGAGCAACCGGAGGAGCACCGGCAAGCAUCCGAGCGGCCUCUGCGGGCUCUCCAAACAACGUAGUCGCCGUAUCCAGGGCAACGGAAACCUCAGUCUAGACACAAAGCGCAGCAGGCGUUGCAUUCUGUCGGGGCUCGUUUCCAAUGCAACGGACUGGAGCCUUACUUUCAAUGCGGGAAUAGAGGCAAUUGUAUACGGAGAAACCCAAAAUUUGGAAGGAAAAGAAUUUACCAAUUCAUUCAUUAAGUAUACGGUUUUAUCUGAUAACUAUAUCACACAAACGGGAAAACUCCCGUAGUUUAUGUGUUGGACUAAGUGUAUAAAGCUGCUCGUAGAUUUAGCAACGGAAUCUUAACAUUCUUAAGCCUAACUAAGCUUAAAACAUAACUAUUAGAUGGAUUAAUGUUAAAAGCUCAUACGCUGUACAAUGAUAAGAAAAAAAAUCAAACAAAUUAAAUCGCUGUUCCAGCAGAGGAGGUAACAAUCUGACACUUUGGCCCUCUUCCACCUUAUUUUAGAUUAAUUUUAAAUACCUUAUUUCCGUUUGGAACACCCUUGUUUUUAAUGUUAGGAUGCGUUUAUUACCAAAGUUAUAGCGAGUUGUUUGUUUUUGUCAAUUUUAGUUUUAUUUUUUUCCUACACAAUACGUAUAACUUCCAAUUUGAAUCAAGACUUAAGCGAUAUUUGCAUUUAGUAGAAAGUAGCGUAUCAUACUGAUUAAGUGGGAUGUAAAUCUGUGUAAAGUAGCGAAGCGGAAACAAAAUAGUAAAACAUAAGCUCGAAUUUAACCUAAUCAAUUAAAAUAGAACUCAUAAACAACAUACAGAUAGAUACAGCACAGUCUUUACCAACAAACAGAUUUCCGUUUUUUCUCCUAUUUCUAGCUUAUAGAUUCAAAUUCGAAAUUUGAAAACGAUAAUAGCGAAUCAAAAUCAAAGGCCAUAUUAAUAUGCAUGGAUGUAAGUACCACACAAAUACCACUACAUUAAAAAACGAAAAAACGAAACACUCUCACGCUUACACCCUCGACAUGCGGUUUGAUUCUGUAAUCUCUGUUGAACAAAGCAAAAUUCCCAAACAUUGAAAAAAUAAUAAUCUGAAUAAAAAAAUAAUGAACAUGUCACACCAAAUUUAUCGGCGACGUUGAAACACACACACAUAAUCAAUGGGGAAGUAAAACGAAAACUUGAACGUAUAUAUUAACAAAGAAAAAACACAAGCAUAGAAUCAAAUGACAAUAAAUUAUUACUUAUCAAGCGUAAAUAAUGUGGAAACUUACAGAAAAUCAGAUGUGUGUUGCAGCAAACAGAUCGCGAAACGGCGAAAAGCACGUGGUCGUGUAGGGAAAAUGUGAGCACAAGCGAAGAGUAUAGAAGAAACAUCUUGAAAUUCAAACGAUCAUUAACGUGCAUGAUGGUUCAAUAAUAAACUAACAAAUAAUGAAAA